AUGGCAGGAAGGCGCAAGGGCUUAUUAAUUCACAAGCACUUUUGGCCGAUAGCAUGUACUCACACCAGACGACUGCCACUGCCUGCCAGUUAUUCCGAAAUCGCUAUGAUGACAGAAGUGGUGCCCGUCGCACACACUCUCGAGGACAUCUACCCCCCGGAUGCCAUUCCAUCACAGCUCAACAGAUGGACCCAUCUCCUUCAGACCUUCAAAUCAAUCUACCUCCACCCUGCUACAUUUGUGGCACGAUCCCCCGGUCGUGUGAAUAUAAUCGGCGAGCAUGUCGACUACUCUCUCUACCCCGUUCUUCCCAUGGCCAUAACCGCAGACUGUCUUCUUGCAGUUUCUAUACCAGAUGAACUAGGCCCAGCUUCCUCAACUACUUUGAAAGUCUGCCUCGCAAAUGUGCAGAGAGAUAAGUUCCCGCAACGCGAGUUUGAGCUGCAAUAUGAUGAUAUGGAAAUUGAUAGCAAUGUCCACGAAUGGACCAACUACUUUAAGUGUGCGCUUAGAGAUACACUGAAGUCCUUGAGAACGGUUAGGGGGUCGGACUUCAGGCCUGCGAGCAUGAAUGUGUUACUGGAUAGUGUGGUCCCCGUUGGAGGUGGGCUGAGCUCUAGUGCUGCGUUCACCACUGCGAGCAUAUUAGCAGUGAUGGUUUCAAAUGGUGAGAAGAGUGUCAAUAAAACAGCGCUGACGGAGUUGGCCAUUGUGAGCGAGCGAGCUGUAGGUGUGAACUCUGGAGGAAUGGAUCAAUCCGCAUCCGUCUUCUCACUGCGUGGCAACGCCCUUUAUGUCGACUUCAUUCCAAGCCUCCAUGCCCGCCCUGUUUACUUCCCAAGGACAUGUCCUAGAGUGUCCUUCGUCAUUGCCCAGUCUUUCGUCGCUGCAGACAAAUACACCACGGGACCCGUAUAUUACAACCUUCGCGUCGUUGAAUGCUCCCUCGCAGCUGCCUAUCUACAUGCUGUCGUCAACGAGACUUCCAAGCCUCUACCCACAGACUCAAGCCCCUUAGGGAUCUCCCUUCGCGGGUUUCAUAAGGCAUACUUUGCCUCAUCUACCAAGCCUUUCAACAUGCAACUUCUUGAACUCGUUGACCUCGUCAAGUCAACGCUUACCAAAGACGGCUACACCCGCGAAGAACUCAGUGUUGCCCUUAACAUCUCCGUCGUAGAGCUCAAGAUGCGUUACGAGUCUGUCUUUCCUGUUCGCACAGCAAUGUUCAAGCUGCGUCAGCGUGCUUUACACGUCUUUUCCGAAGCCCUCAGGGUUCAGCAAUUUAUACAGCUUCUAGAACACCCUGCCGGUUUCAUGUCCCACGACAUAGGAGACUCAACGGAGACUUAUAAUAAGAAGCUCGGUAGUCUAAUGAACGCGACGCAGGAUAGCUGCAGAGAUCUAUACCAGUGUAGCUGUCCUGAGCUGGAUAAACUGUGCGCCAUUGCACGAAGAGCAGGGAGCUAUGGGAGCAGGCUCACAGGCGCGGGGUGGGGUGGCUGCAGCGUGCAUCUUGUACCGACGGAUAGGGUCGAAGCUGUGAAAGCCGCAUGGGAGAAGGAAUAUUAUAAUAGCGUCCUUGACGAGAUUUCGCAUCGUCGAUACAACCCCCUCCGCGGGUCGUGGCUCCUGGUCUCGCCACACAGGACGAAGCGACCAUGGCAAGGUCAGCAGGAAACAUCAGAAAAUAUAGCCCUACCCAAAUACGAUUCUGCUUGCUACCUCUGCCCCGGCAACAAACGUUUUCAAGGCGACAGCAACCCAAAAUACGACCAAACAUUCGUCUUUCUCAAUGAUUUCAGCGCCGUCAAUGAGGAACAAGCCAGCUACACCUCGUCAAUUGAUCCUGGAGAUCUGUCUAACACACUCCUCCGCGCCGAAUCCGUGACGGGAAAAUGCUACGUUAUAUCUUUCUCGCCAGAUCACAACGUAACUCUUGCCGACUUGGACCCAGCCUCUAUCCUCCCUGUAGUCCACUUAUGGACUUCCAUCUAUGCUGCCUACCUGUCCCCCAAGUCUCUCCUUGCCUCUUUUACUCCACCAACAGCCGUGUUCACACCUAGAACUGAACCCACUCAUGAGCCCGCCGCACCAAAAGCACAAUACCAAUGGAUGCAGAUCUUCGAGAAUAAAGGUGCAGCAAUGGGGUGCUCGAACCCGCACCCUCACGGUCAGAUCUGGACAACGACUGGGAUGCCCGAGGAAGCGGCUGUGGAGCUGGAGAACUUGCAAAAGUAUAGGUUGAAGCAUAACGGAAAUCAUCUACUUGAGGAUUAUGCGAGGCUAGAGGUAGAUAAGAAGGAGAGGGUGGUAUUUCAGAACGACAGCUUCUUGGUCGUGUGUCCUUGGUGGGCGGUGUGGCCGUUUGAGGUCAUGAUUUUGAGCAAGAAGCAUAGGCGGGCAUUAGUUGAGCUAAACGAGGUGGAGAAGUCUGCGUUUGCAGAGGCGAUCGCAGAGGUUACAAGAAGAUAUGACAAUCUAUUCGAGAUGAGCUUUCCAUAUAGUUCUGGAAUCCAUCAAGCGCCCCUUGAUGGAACCGAUGAAGAGUGUAAUAGUAGCCACUUGCAUAUGCACUUCUAUCCGCCGCUACUACGCAGCGCGACUGUACGAAAGUUCUUGGUGGGAUACGAACUCAUGGCUGAGCCACAAAGAGAUAUCACGCCAGAGCAGGCAGCGGCGAGGCUAAGGAGCUGUGGGGGGGGAUUGUACAGGAAACCCCCUCGUGAUAUCAUCACUUCGUCGGAAGAGUAA